AUGGCCGCUCAAGUCACUCCCUCCAAGCAGGCUGCUUCCUCCCUCGAAAACCUCAAGAUGAGCGACUCGCCCGUUAAGAAGCUCGACUUCCAGUCGGUGGGCAAGGAGAACGCGCCCGCGUCUGUCAAGCCCGUCGACGCGUCCUUAGAAAAGCCUACCGAGAAGGCCCUCGAGGCCCCCAAGGCUGCUCCUACUAUCAAGGAGCUCGAGGCAACUGAGCCCCUCCUCCAGGAGAACCCCCACCGUUUCGUUAUGUUCCCUAUCAAGUACCACGAGAUCUGGCAAAUGUACAAGAAGGCCGAGGCCUCUUUCUGGACCGCUGAGGAGAUUGAUCUAUCCAAGGAUCUCCACGACUGGCACAACCGCCUCAACGAUGAUGAGCGUUACUUCAUCUCCCACGUCCUUGCCUUCUUCGCUGCCUCCGACGGCAUCGUCAACGAAAACCUGGUCGAGCGUUUCAGCGGAGAGGUCCAGAUUCCCGAGGCUCGUUGCUUCUACGGUUUCCAGAUCAUGAUGGAGAACAUCCACUCCGAGACCUACUCUCUACUCAUUGAUACCUAUAUCAAGGAGCCCAAGCAGCGCACCUACCUCUUCGAUGCCAUUGACACCAUUCCCUGCAUUGCCAAGAAGGCUGAGUGGGCCAUCCGUUGGAUCAAUGACACUGAGUCAACCUUCGCUUCGCGUCUGGUUGCCUUCGCUGCUGUCGAGGGUAUCUUCUUCUCUGGUUCCUUCGCCUCCAUCUUCUGGCUCAAGAAGCGUGGUCUGAUGCCCGGUCUCACCUUCUCCAACGAGCUCAUUUCUCGUGACGAGGGUCUCCACACUGAUUUCGCUUGUCUCCUCUUCUCUCACCUGAACCACCGCCCUGAUCCCAAGGUCGUUGAAGACAUCAUUGUCGAGGCCGUUGGUAUCGAGCAGGAGUUCCUCACUGACGCUCUUCCCUGUGGACUGCUUGGCAUGAACGCCAAGCUCAUGUGCCAGUACAUCGAGUUUGUCGCUGACCGUCUCCUCGUGGCCCUUGGCAACAAGAAGUACUACAACUCUGCCAACCCCUUCGACUUCAUGGAGUCCAUCUCCCUGGCUGGCAAGACCAACUUCUUCGAGAAGCGUGUCGGUGACUAUCAGAAGGCUGGUGUCAUGGCCAGCACCAAGAAGGAGACCAACGCCGAGGGUGAGAAGGUCGUCAGCGACGGUCUUAACUUCGAUGAGGACUUCUGA